UGUAUGUAUGUAUGUAUGUAUGAAUUGUUUUCUAUCAAAUUUUUCUCAGGGGAAGAUGGCCCAUUUCCUGAACAUUAUCCGUCAAGCUGCCUCCUCGGCUGCGUCGAUAUUAUCGAUUGUUUAUCACAGCAAGAAUAUAGUGAAAAGUUUCCAAAUGGCGAGGAAUCUUCUUCUGCGUUCGUAUUUAUACCUGAAAAUCCUCGAGAACUUCGCGUGAAGUUUCCCGUCAAAGGACAACACAAAAUAUGGCGUCUAGAGAAGCACAUUCAUCAGGCAGCAAAGAAAGGAAUCACCUAAACGAGACUAACAUAAAGUAGUCGAUGUUGAGCUUCGUCGUUGUCGUUUCAUAAGUAUGAAAGCUAACAGUAAGAUUAUUUACAAUAUGUAAUGAAUUUAAUGAUCGAAUAGUCUUUGGAUUUUGUCAUGUCUAGAGCGUAAUGCAUCGUAUCAUCUGAUAUGAAAAAUUGCUUUUAGUUGAGUAAA